AUGAUGUUACCUGCGAGUACAAUAGGCACAUCCUCGGGUAAUGGAACAAGCCCAUAUGACGCUACGGAUAAAAUUGCAACCAUAUCGUUGAGUGAUGGCACGGAUGUGGCGACACGCGGUCAACGUAACUUUUACGACGGUCGUGCGACGGGUAGUCCCGUGAAGAAAACGUUGUUCCAUAACAUAUGUAACAAGUUAAAACUCAAGGUGCACGUCAAGAAUCCAGGACCUGUGAAGAGGAAGCCUCAGGCUGGAACAGCGCAGAACAAACUGAAGGAACUUUGUCAGAAAUUGAAAAGUUGUAAAAUGGGGAGAAGAGCAUGGAUAAAGCUUAUAGUAGUACUCUCAGUCCUGUAUCCAUUCCUUAUUUCCUCCUUAGGACAAACCACGCUUGAUGCCGCGUUAAAGGGGAUCUUUAUGUUAAAUCCAACAGCUCUUAGUUUCCUUCCUGGGCUUGCACCUUUCAUACUAUUUGUAAUUAUCUAUUUGUGUGUGCUACUAUGUUUCUGCCGCUCCAAAACAGCGAAAUGUUUAUUGGAUAAAAUGUGGAAGAAGAAGGAGAAGGAGGAAGCUCCCGCAGAAACGAAAAACAACGAAGGAAAAACAAAUAAGGAAUCGAAAAAAGACUAA